UAUAAGUUCCCAAGUGGUAGUGCAAUAACGCUAGUAGAGUGUUGGCCGGCGACCGGUAGGCAACAGCAUCCACGUUUAUUUCCAUAUAUAAUUCGAUUCGAGAAAAAUCAUUAUGCCUUCUUACAAGCUGACUUAUUUUCCCGUCAAAGCGUUGGGCGAGCCCAUACGCUUCCUGUUCAGUUAUGGUGAAGAGGAAUUCGUUGAUGAUCGCUUUGACCGAGAAGAUUGGCCGAAAAUCAAGCCAACUACGCCUUUUGGUCAAGUGCCAGUACUUGAAGUAGAUGGAAAGAAGGUAUGCCAAUCUACCGCAAUCAGUCGUUACUUGGGUAAGAAAUACGGUCUUGCCGGAAAAGACGAUUGGGAAGCUCUCGAGAUUGAUGUCACUGUUGAUACCAUACACGAUAUGCGUGCAAAAAUUGCAGCUUACAACUAUGAGACCAACGCGGAGACUAAAGAAGAGAAAUUAAAAGUGGCCAAGGAAUUGGUGCCGUACUAUCUGGAACGUUUGGAUGCUCAGGUGAAGAAGAACGGCGGCUAUUUUGUCGGCGGAAAACUAAGUUGGGCCGAUCUUACUUUUGUCGCUCUUCUGGAUUACUUGAACUACAUGAUGGGUCACGAUAUUAUUGAAAAAUAUGAUAAUUUGAAACAGCUCAGACAAAAAGUUUUGGAUUUACCCGCUAUCAAGAAAUGGGUCGAGAAACGUCCGCAAAGCGAUAUGUAAUUUUAUUGUCUUUUACCUUUUUGUUUUCAGAAAAAAAAUUUUUUUAUAUCUUCUAUAUUUCUAAUUAAAAGUUGCAUCACAAUAAAGUAAUCAUCGAUUAUUUUGACAUGUAAUCUGAAUUGUGAAUAAAAAACAGAGAAAAAGAAAAAACA